CCCUUUUCUCUCUCUUCCCUCAUCCCCUGCGCCAAAAUAAGCCCAGGAGUUCUCUUAUCCCUCUCUUCUUCACUCACUUUUUCCUCAAUAUUUUCUGCUUCCAAAGAUGGCAGCAUCAUCAGCAUGCCUUGUGGGAAAUGGUUUAUCGACUCGUGCUACUAAAUCUGCUUUAAGCAAGGACUUUUAUGGUAGACAUCUUCUCCCUUCUGCAAGCCUUCCAUCAUUGGUUAAGGUGACAAAAGUGGUUUCCAUUAAGGCUUCGCUCGAGCAAAAGCAACACGAAGGAAGAAGAGGCUUUCUUAAGUUGUUGCUUGGGAAUGUGGGAAUUGGCGUUCCUGCUUUGCUUGGAGCCGGAAAGGCCAAAGCCGAUGACCAAGGGGUUUCUUCCUCUAGGAUGUCUUAUUCCAGAUUUUUGGAGUAUCUGGACAAGGAUAGAGUGAAGAAGGUAGAUUUAUUUGAGAACGGAACCAUCGCUAUAGUGGAAGCUGUUUCUCCCGAGCUGGGAAACAGAGUGCAGCGAGUCCGGGUGCAACUUCCAGGGCUUAGCCAGGAGCUUCUCCAGAAGUUCAGGGAGAAGAACAUUGACUUCGCUGCACACAAUGCUCAAGAAGACUCGGGUUCUCUAUUGUUCAACUUGAUUGGAAAUUUGGCUUUCCCUCUAAUUUUAAUUGGGGGCUUGUUCCUACUUUCAAGGCGUUCUUCUGGAGGUAUGGGUGGCCCGGGUGGACCUGGGUUCCCCUUGGCCUUUGGUCAAUCUAAAGCCAAGUUCCAAAUGGAGCCUAACACCGGGGUGACAUUCGAUGAUGUUGCUGGGGUAGAUGAAGCAAAGCAGGACUUUAUGGAGGUGGUGGAGUUUUUGAAGAAACCUGAGAGGUUCACCGCAGUUGGGGCUCGCAUUCCUAAGGGUGUUCUUCUUGUUGGCCCCCCUGGAACUGGAAAGACCCUGCUAGCCAAGGCAAUUGCUGGGGAAGCUGGUGUUCCAUUUUUCUCAAUCUCAGGUUCUGAGUUUGUUGAAAUGUUUGUUGGAGUUGGUGCUUCUCGUGUACGUGAUCUUUUCAAAAAGGCCAAGGAGAAUGCGCCUUGCAUUGUGUUUGUUGAUGAAAUUGAUGCUGUUGGACGUCAAAGAGGUACUGGUAUUGGUGGAGGAAACGAUGAAAGAGAACAGACCCUUAACCAGCUUUUAACAGAAAUGGACGGUUUUGAAGGUAACACUGGAAUCAUUGUUAUUGCUGCAACAAACAGAGCAGACAUUCUCGACUCCGCCUUAUUGAGGCCUGGAAGGUUCGAUAGGCAGGUGACUGUUGAUGUUCCGGAUAUCCGAGGAAGAACUGAGAUCUUAAAGGUUCACGCUAGCAACAAGAAGUUUGACGGAGAUGUAUCUCUUGAUGUUAUAGCCAUGAGAACCCCUGGUUUCAGUGGAGCUGACCUUGCCAACCUUCUUAAUGAGGCUGCUAUAUUGGCUGGUCGGCGUGGGAAAACAGCAAUCUCAUCGAAAGAGAUUGAUGAUUCAAUUGAUAGAAUUGUAGCUGGAAUGGAAGGUACCGUAAUGACAGAUGGGAAGAGCAAAAGUCUGGUUGCAUAUCAUGAAGUUGGGCAUGCCAUAUGUGGGACUCUGACUCCGGGGCAUGAUCCUGUUCAAAAAGUAACCUUAAUUCCGCGAGGUCAGGCACGUGGUCUUACCUGGUUCAUUCCCUCGGAUGACCCUACUCUGAUAUCCAAGCAGCAACUGUUUGCUAGAAUCGUUGGUGGACUUGGUGGUAGAGCUGCAGAGGAGGUUAUCUUUGGUGAGCCCGAGGUGACAACAGGUGCAGCUGGUGAUCUGCAACAGAUUACCGGUUUGGCUAAACAGAUGGUAACCACAUUCGGAAUGUCGGAGAUUGGCCCAUGGUCACUAAUGGACACAUCAGCUCAGAGCGCAGAUGUAAUUAUGAGAAUGAUGGCAAGGAAUUCAAUGUCGGAAAAACUUGCUGAAGACAUUGAUGCCGCUGUCAAGAGAUUAUCGGACGAGGCAUAUGAGAUUGCAUUGAGCCACAUAAGGAACAACCGUGAGGCUAUUGACAAGGUCGUGGAAGUUCUUAUAGAGAAGGAAACAAUGACCGGGGAUGAAUUCCGGGCCAUUCUGUCAGAGUUUGUGGAAAUCCCAGCUGAAAACCGGGUUCCUCCUGCAGUUCCAACACCAGUCACUGUUUAAACGACUCAAAUCAUACUGUUAUUAACACUUGGGAAAACAAAAGCUAUAAAUAUCUUCAAUUGGUUAGAUGUAUCAUAACUUUAAUUUUGAUCACAUAUGUAAAGCACUCUUUAUUAGACUAAAAUGAGAGAAAUCUCCUCAUUUGGUGCCCUGGUUUUGCUUGGCAUAACUCAAAUGCAUUUAGCUGCAGGCUUGGAUGAAACAUUAUUCCGUGUAUAUGUACAUUUUGUAGCAUCGUAAAUUUUGUUUUGGGAAACAGACUUGUAACCGCGGCAAUUCAUUUAUUUUAA